AUGACAACCGCAAAUCCACAACAAAGACAGUUUGCGUUGUUUAGUAAAUUUAGCAUUGAAGUGCGGCCACCACCAAUGUUACGACGAGAUGAGCGAAUUCGAUCAAUGACGUGCUCUUUUGAAGAAAUUGCUGAGUCAGAGGAGGAGGAGGAUAUGCAGCUCCCAGAACGAACAUCACCUAAAGGGCGUUCACCCUUUGCCGUCAUAGGCGAAUCGCCAUUUGCCGAAAGACGCGCAGCCUCUCCGCAGAGCCAAAGCCCAACCUAUGCGAGAAAACUCGGUGCACCUCGACUAUGUCGUGGAUAUUCGGAUCCAGGUCUAUGUCAUCGACGAGCUAUGUCUGCAUCUUUGAGUCCAGAUCGACAUGAUGCUGGAACGGAUCUAGCAAACCUUCCACCGAUUCCCGAAACAACCUCAUCGUGAUCUGUUUAUGAUACUGAUUGUGAGACCCAUCAAAAAGCCGGAGCAUAAUCGAAAUGUUUUUUUAUCGGCUUAGAUUUCAGCUGAUAUCAGUUGACAACAUUGGAUGAAUGUGAAUUUUUACUCUAUGAGAAAAUCAACUACUACACAUAACGACGAAUGCCUCUUGAUCAUUGCUCUUGAAAAAAUUUUUAAAUCUACCCCUAGUCUAUUUUGUCAAUCAGCCCACCAAUGACAACGAAUUCUUUACCUCUAAGAUCUCUGACUAGUCUCUUAAUGUAAUAAUUUUUGCAUAUCUGAUUAUGUAUUUUUGUCAGUGCAUUGUUCGGGUUUUAACUAGAGCCUUGAUAGUUUGUGAACGGGUCUAUAAUUGAAGAACGUGAUUUUUACGUAC